AUGACAAGCUCGGAAACCGGACUGCAUAGUGGAGAAGCCUUCACUGCGGUCCGUGAGGUCUUUGAGGAGACGGAAGUCCGCUCAGAGUUCAAGUCCCUCCUGAGCAUCCGGCAGCAGCACAACCUCCCAGGUGCUUUUGGUAUGUCCGACAUGUACAUCAUCAGCCCCCUCACAUACGACAUCAACUUCUGCACCCAGGAGUGCCUGCGCUGUGAGUGGCUGGAGCUAACCGAGCUAACCAAGACUAGCUCCACUACUCCUAUCACUAGCCGCCAAGCCAGGCUUCUGCUUCACGGCCUGAACCAGGGCUUCGACAAGAUUGACCUGGCUAUGGAGGAGAUGCCAGCUGUCUACUCAGGGAGGUUCUACCAGCUGUACCACAGGGUGCUGCCUCCAGGACCUGCCUAG